GGCAGUUUUACUUAGGCCUUCCUUCCUGAGGUUCUAUAAGAAACAUCAAAAAUCCUCAACUCGCGCUCGCGAUUAUACAAAUUAAUAUAAUCAUUGAUAAAUAAUUCACUUUUUUGGUGUGUUAUUUUUUUUUUUUUCAAAACGUAGAGAAGAAAAGUUUGUUUUCCCCAAAAAGUCAAUAAACCUGCUGAAUAAGUGAUCAAUUUCACCCCCCCCCCCUCAUCAGUGACUGCGAAUUUCAUCAAAAACAAUAUGUAUAGAAAAAUCAUCAAGUUUCAAUUUUUCAAAUGAAUUUCAAAAAUGUAAUUAGGGUCUUUGUUCAAGUAUACAGCAGUGCGUUUAUGAGUUUAAUUGAGUGACGUCAGCGUGAUCAUCGCCAGUGAUCACAUGAAAUGCAAUAGAAUCUUCACAGUCAUGAGGAGACUGGAUCAUCCAUUUUUCAAACAUUUACCAGUGUUUUAAAGUUCUUAUUUUUCCUCUGCUCGUAUCCGAAAAAAAAACAGAAAAGUGCUUUAUAAAACAUUAAAACGAAAACGUAAAAGAGAAUAGGAGAUUAUAGAAGAUUCUCAAAAAGUAGAACAAGAAAAAAAGAGUGAAAUAAAGUAUAGUUGAAAAUCAACUAUGCUUUAGUGAAGAAACGCUUUUAGUGAAGGAUUUUCAAAUGAUGCUAGUGCUUCUACUUUGCGUCAUCAUGAAGAUAGCAGAGUUCUCUGUGGGGCGAGUUAGUUCCCCUUUACAAACUCAAACACGACCGCCACAGCCAUGUUGCAAUAAACGAAAGCGUCGAGAUCGGCGACAAAGCCGGAAGUCCAAUGACAAAUGCAAAUGCUGUUCUCUAAAACGUGCUGGCAAGGGAACCACGACAAUGGAGGAUCCGCAGACACCAGGCUCCGAUUGUAAUUCCAACCCAGCCACAGAUCCAAUUGCACAGGAUCUUAUCGGUUCUGAAUUUGUUCAGGACAAUUCCGAGUAUCAGUGGUUCAUAGACAGUUACAGAGAUGGAGGACUACAUGUUCACCACAGUGUUCUUUCCUCGCUCUCUGCAUCCUACACUCGUGAUGAUUUGGGUUAUUAUGACGACCUUGCACGGAACUUGGACGCCAAUUUGGCAGAAGUCGACAUGGAGAGCUUUCGUACCGCUGAUAUUCACACUCUCCUCACAGCUCUCCCGGUUAUGUGCACAGAUCCAGUUCAACACUCGGAGUUUAACUACCAAAGGGAACGGUACGCCAGUAUUUCUGGCUCCGUGAUGGAAAAACUUGACAUCGGUUCCUCGAUCAGUCCUCAUACCAGCCAGGGAGAAGAAUCAGCUUGCUCUACAACGGAUACAAUAUCGAUCUGUAAGUCUUCGCUGUUGUUUUCCCCGGUGAAAGAAACACCAGUAUUGCCACCGGGUGGAAGUUAUAGUGUCGACUCGCUGGAUUGCGAGGAUAUGUUGCUCACAUGUCAGACAAAUAACAAAAACAACUACACAAUUGCUUUCGAGGGCAGUAUCACCAUGUACUCGGACGGUUCACAGGACUUCGAUGGUCAUGACAAGCAAAAAGUGUACGAAGCACCAGUGACUUAUAGUGAUAAAACGUUGGAUUUAAAAAAUAUCUUAAAUUUAUCUAUGGCAUGUUCCGAUUCAAAAAUUUACACAACCUGGAGUAAUCUGAAACAUUCGUCCAUCAAUAAAGCCAUGACACGACAUCCAUCUGGAAAUAAUAAUACUAUUCCAAAUUUCUUGCAAGGAACUGGAAACAUUCUUCUGGGCAAUGCUAAGCGGAGCCAGAGUCUGCCGGAUUUAUCCAGGACCCAUGAACUUCAGCAAGCGAAUGUACCCCUAAAUUUCUCCGUGGAUUCUGCAUCGAGCAAUCAUACAGGCGCCCUACAAAGUUCCGGUUCAGUGAUGAGUCGUUCUGUGACGGAGGAGAGUUCCGACAGUGGCGGCAAUGUUUCAUCAGCAAAGAAGCUGCACAACAUGAGUCUGGUGAAAUUAUUUAUGAAGCAAAAGAGCAUGAGCGCCGAGGGAAUGAGUUUAACUCUCGAUCAAUCAGAUUCAGUAAGUGAAAAUGGUUGGCCAACGAGUAACAGUGACAGCGGUACGAAUACACAAAUUCAACGGCAUAACAUUAACAAUUCCGAGCGACAGGAACUCACGGAAAAUGAUUUCACAAUCAACUGGGUGAAAACGGAGAAUUACAGCGGAUCAGAGACUCAAACUGACAAUUUCAGCGACAUUCCAAAGCAAAUAUCCAGCCAAACUUCUGGACGCAAAGAAUCAUCAAACACUUCGAACGUAGAUUUAACCGAAAGCACCACAAAAUCAUCAUCAGCGCUCGACAGUCACUCCGAAGUUGAGCGACGUCCAAAAAAUGCGUGGAGCGAAACCACUCAGGAGAAGCGAUACUCGAGGACAAUGGGAAUUCAAGCAAUCACUCAAGUCGAGGACAAUUCUGUUCAAACUUCCCUCGUCUAUUCAAUUCCCGAGAAGACCAACAAUCAGGAAACGGACAAAAAGUCCGUCUACGUUGUCUAUCCAAACUACACACUACCGGAUCUUUCUUUUCUGAAUAGUUCGAAUGAGAAAUUCGAGAAUGUCGCUCUCAAGCCGCAUAAUUUCAACAAGGAGAAAACUUGGAAGAAGUCGAGUAGACCAUUCUCGUGUAAUGAUAUUGAUGCACUGAAGCAGAAGGGAUUCUCGCACGUCAAAGAUUGGGAGUCACUUACUUUUCUGUUGCCGAAUGAUUACAGGAGAAUUUUACACGACGUACCGGAAGUUCCGAAACAUAUCAAACUUGGCGAGGAUGUGAGAAAGCCGCUUUUCUGCUUGUCACCGCCGAUGAAGUCCAGGCGACGUGUCAUCAGCGAGAUUGUGAAUAAUGUAUCGUCGAGCAGUAGCACAGCCACUCAACCAUCUUCUGGCUAUAGGGGAUCUUCAACUCUUCUCACGGAUUCAUCCACUAAUCAGCAGACUUUCACAAGCGCUGCUAAUCCACUUUAUCUCUAUCGAUACGAUAGCGCGAGUUCGGAAACUAGUCAGGAAAUUACAAACAGGUACGGAAUACAGAAGGGAGUGGCGGGUCCAACCCUUCCGAAGAGAUCGAACUCUUUGCCUCACGGCGAGAAGGAUUCAAGUGAUUGCAUCGGUAAAGUUCCACCUAGACCACCAUUGCCAAGGAGUAUUUUACGCAAGAACAAAGUGACAAAGAGAUGUAGCAUGUUCGAGAUGGGCGAUGUCGAGGAAGUUGAGGACAAGUGCUUGGAGACGAACAAACGUCUGUCAAUGCCCGAACCUUACUAUAUAAAUAACGAUCUUCAUAUUUUGCGAAAUGAGCGAGUAGACGAUUCGGACAAGGACGUGGACGAGAUCGAGGAGAGAUUUCAAAUCGAGAGACUGAAGGAGAUGGUCGAUCGGGUCGACGAUCGAUCGAUGGACAGUAGCGAGGAGGAUGUUAAGCAAUUGGAAGAAUUUUUGAAACGCAGCGGAUUCUCAUCGCAAAGUAGCGACGGUGACGAGGACUCUGAAGUGAAAUUAAGAUCCUACGUUCGUAAAUUCCUCGCAUUGCGAAUGAAUAAAGAUCUGCUGAAAACGAUAGACAUGGGCGAAUCGCAGAAGAAGACUGUGAGUUUUGCCACUGGUCAGAGAAAGUAUUUGGAUGAUUUGUUCACCGAAGGGAAAGAGGCAGACGAGACGGACUCGAGGAAUUUUGAUUUGAAUGAGAAGAAAAAAUUAAUGUGGCCCGUGAAGAAGGCGGUCGAUCUACUUUUGAAAUACUGGCACACGGAGCCGGCGCUAACGACACACACACGGCAAACUUACGGCGAAAACGAUUGUUCACAAAUCUGUUUACAAAAUCUCUGUCCACCGCUCUACGCCAUAAUGUCCGACGAUCUAAAACCACAAUUAAACUCUACAUUCGGACCCAUGGCGAAUAGCGUCUGGCAAGUUGUCGAAGCCUCCUCACAGCAAGGACCCCUCACCAAAACGCUAAACGAGCUCGUCCAGAAGAUCAACAGCGAGGAUCUGAUAACCGAAGGAAUGCUCAAAUUUCACGCUUUUGUUUUUGGUCUACUGAAUCUCCGCGCUUUAGACGCAUGGUUCGCUUAUCUCUGCACUCGGGAAUCAAUUCUCCGCAAGCAUUACAACAACAACAGUUUAUUCGUGCGAGCGCUCUCCUGCGGUCAAUCCAGGGAAGUGAUUGACGCCCUUCUCGACAUUCUCCAACCACUCGCCUUCUGUCCAUUCCAACUCGAUCUCCUCUAUCAGUAUCGUCAACUGCACAACAGUUUCGGCAGGAACACACAUUCCAAGAACAACGUGUUUCGCACUGAGAACCAAGAAAGUCCGCGAAAAGCCCGACCAAAAUCCUGCAUUAAUUAUGGAUUCGAUGAGAAGAGUCGAGAUCAGAAAGCAGAAGCGAAGAAACGUUGGAGUCACUUGCCUCUGAGUUCGAAAUUCCAUUUCGAUAGAAUAGGCUCUGAGGAUUCGGAGGAAUAUACAGACAGUUUGGAGCACUCGCCAUUGAAUAGAGCAUCGGGGAAGGGACAUUCACGAUUGCGAAGUCCAGAGACAAGAGUUGAUGACGAUGAUGAGGGAGCGGCAAUUCCGGCCGAUGUGAAAUUUCGGAAAUUACAGGAAAAAUGGGAAAUGGUGCUGGGUAAGGAGGAGCAGCAAAUUGUGCCACCGCAGUCGUCGCCUAAUCGAACGCCGACGAGUAUUGGAAAAUCGAAAAUUCCACGACUCUUGACGUCGCCAAUUAGAACGUCAAAUUUAACGAGUGGAACAGGGAAGAAUGGCAAAUCGCCAGUGUCGGGAAUUCCUGCAUUAAAGAAGACGCCCAUACAGGUGCCAAAGACUCUACCGAAGAAGCCGGACUCGCGUGACAGGGACGUGACGAAAAGAACGAGUCGCGUUGACCAGGAGAUGGUGAAUAAUGGAAAAACGCAUCUAACGAGGCCGAGUUCUCUGCCUUAUAAGACGUACGGAAUGGUUAAGGAUAAGGCGAUGGUUUCACCUCAUAGAAGAGCGGCAUCCACGUCUUUACCGAGACCAACGUCUGCUGUUAUCACCAGAAACACUCCAGUUAAACAGACGCCAAAAUUGGUGCGAACUUUGACUCAUAGAUAUUCAUCGGACGAUGGACACCUUGCAUUCAGCGAAGGCGAAAAAUUAAAAGUCAUUUUGGAAGUUGACAAUAAAUGGUUAUUAUGUGCACGCGGAGAGCGAAAGGGUCUAGUACCGAGGACGUGUGUCCAUGCAAUACAAACCUAACCCAUGGCUUGAUAUCGCCUUUCGACGAUCAAUCAACAAAAAUUCGAUUACUAAAAGAAAAAGUAAAUUUUCUCUCAAAAACCAAAAAAAAAGAAGGGAAAUUUCAAUCCAUUUCCUAGAAUUCAAAAUUAAUCCAGUUUUCUCCACUAAUAACUCCCUUGAUUUUGAAUUCUAGGAAAUUUCGACGCUUUUUAAAUAUAAAAAAAUCAUCUUUUAUUUUGUUAAUUUUUCAAUUUUAAAUGUUUUAAUUGAAAAAAAUGUGUGAAAAAGAAGAUAACACAUGCAAAGAGGAAGAGUAUGCAUGUAUAGUGUAUGAAAGAGAAUCAAGUAUAUUUUUGUUGUUGUUUUUUUUAAUUUAAAAAUAAGAUAGUCAACUUAGUUACCUUCUAAUGUUUAAAAAAGAUUUUCAAAAGAGAUUGAACGCUUCGUUUAUAUAUUGAAAAAAAACUGCAGUAGUAUUAUUAUUGAUUAUUAAUAAUUAAUAAGAGGAAAAUAGAGAUACUGCUAGUCAUAGGCUCUCGAACCAGAAAUGUAUUUAAUAAGUUUGAACAUACAUUAUUUAUAAUCCUCAGAGUUGUACAUAAAAAAAAAUUCUAUACAGUAUAAUUGUAGCGACGCUGGUUUAAAAAAAAUGAUUGCGAUUAUAUAAAGGGUGGAAAAAGAAGAUGAAGAAGAAGAUAAAAAAAAAUUUGACGUCGAGUAAAAAUCAUUAUAAUACAGAUAUCAUAUAAAUAACAGAUAUAAAUGUAACUGUGAUCAUAGCAAAUAGGUUCGUAAGUUUAUUAAGAAUAUUAAUGCGGAUGUGCGAGAGGAAAAAGAAUUUUUGUUACAAAGAUUUAUCAAAUGUUUUUUAAAACGAGAAAGGCAAUUUCUAUACUAUUAUUGCUUUUUUUUUGCGCACAGAGUAUCGGGAGAUUAUUUUCUAUUCUGAUGUAUAUUUCGCUUUACGUCGACUUAAUUUUAAAAAGAAAAAAUUUUUUUGUAAAUUUUAUUUUUUCAUUUUUUUCAAAUAGAAAAUUUUUAUUUUUAACUCUUUUUUUCUAUUUUUUUUUCUUUUGAUGUAAAUUAUUAGUCGAUGAAGGAAAAAGCAAUUUUUGUGAUGUUAUCAAACAAGUGAAUUAUUAAUUUUGAUUUUUUAAAAAAUUAUUUUAAAAACGCUUUUUUAAAUGUUCUAUUCAAUGUCGAACAAUUUUUUUAUCUGUUUAAAAGAAGGCAAUUUAACAAUAAAUAACAUUAAUCGAAUAUACAUACAUUUAAAAUUACCAAAAGAAAAAAAACAAAUGUUAUGAUCAUUAGAGGAAUUUUCUGUUGCUUAACAUGUUGAUCUGCGUAUAUCGGAGAAAUAUAUAUAAUUCAUAUAUAUUUCACACUUAAAAAAAAUAUCGCUGGAUACACAUCUGCCUUGGAUGACAUUUAUUAAUGCGUAAAUAAUAAAUAAUAUAAUGUAUAUGUUUACACAAAUAAAACGUCAAUACCUA